AUGACUUUUCCGAAUUUCAUUAACUACCGUCUGGAUUCUCAGGAGAAAUCCCGGCAAACGGAAAAGGAGCUGACGGUUAGUGACACACCUGUUGCCACUUUUGUAACAAAUUGUCAUGCGACACAAGACGAGGAAAAGCACCAGGCCCUAUGCUGGCAGACGCCGGUCCAAGAUCACGCGCUCUUUUCACUCACACAGAAACUCAUGGCCAUGAUCUCACAACCAGCGAAACUUCUUGCAGUACUAGUAGCCAAUUGCGACGGUAGAACGGCCAAGCACAUUUUUUGGGCCAAGGCUAUUGCAUAUCAGCUUUCGGAGCUGGAUGGACUGUCGUGCACGUCUUGGUAUCGUAUUAUGGAGAACAUUGAUCAGUAUGAGCUGAGUGCAACCGACUUGAUGUUGCUUAAAGCGGUGCUGUAUUACUGGCGCAUGUGGCAGUUCGUCUGUAUUGCUUGUAUCGACGCAGUAACAUCUAUUGAAGAGUCGGCGACGAGUCCUUUACCUACGCCAAAACACGAGUCUAAGACAUGGGUUUCGCUCCUCCAGAAACGUCGAGCUGUGUCAAUCUCCCCUUCGCUCGAGGACAAGUGCUCGGACGCCUUAUCGCAAGGCAUGAUUUUAUUGGGCUCGGGGCUGUCCAAGCGGUCACGGAUUACUAAGAAGAGCAACGAGUUCCUUGUCGCGUGGUUCCUCGCCCACAAGGACAAUCCGUACCCGUCAUCCGAUGAGCGGGUGGAGAUUGCUGACAAGACUGGACUGGCCGAGCAACAGGUGCGCAACUGGUUUGCAAACAUGCGUAAACGUCACUGGAAACCCAACCGUGCAAAUGCAAAGAAGCCGCGUUGUUUACUAGACUACGUUUUACGUCAGUCAGAAGCCUGA